AUGACAGAAAGCUGUGGGCAGGAGCAGACAAGGUGGAUAACGACGGUUAUUAUGAGCACAGCUCUGCAGGAUCAUGAAAUUUCUACAGUUCUGCAGAGGCAACAACACCGAGUUCGAUAUUCAGAAUCAGUGGAAACUGGAUCUGUGAUUUUUCCACUUUCUGGCAUUGCAUUUAUUCUGUCAGACACUCAAGACUUGCUCAGGACAGGGGAAGAAGAGUUUUCCAAAAGAAUUCAGAAGUUCAUAAACAUCCAUCGGAACAGCUUUUUGGUUUUGUCAGCUGCUCUUCAUGGACCAGAAGAAUGGAGUGUCAUGUUCAGGAUUCAGAGAAGAUUCCUGGGCAGCAAUUUACGUGUAAUACCAGUUCAUAAUCCUGCUGAAACUGUUAAAUUAAUGCUAACUAUGGCUAAGGUAACUUCCAAGCCACAAGCAGAUGAUACUCGUUGCAAAAUAGAAAUGACAAAAGCCCAAAUAAUAGAAAAAAGUCCAGUUUGGAAGAUGCUUCAGGAGUACCAAUCGCACCGUAAUUAACUUAAUAUUUGGUUUUUUAUUCAUAAAUAGAGUGGCUACAUUUUAAACAAAAUAGAGAAUGUUCUUAAAAAUAUAGCUUCAUU